UCAGUGACAUCACUAAUCCAGAAGAUCCUCUUCCUCCUGUGAGCCUCUGGCAGGUUCACAGCUCACCUGCUGCUGGAUUAAGCCGCUGAGAUGACUGUCCUGCUGCAUUUCCGAACUUGCUUCAAAGUGUCAAGUACACUGACUGAUGAUGAGCUGCUGUGUUACACAGAGCACUUAAGGAUGAUCAAAGCUGACACGGAGAUCCAUUUUAGGGAUCUUCAGAAUCUGGAAGUGCCUGACUGGAUUCUGCAGCCUUUUAAGGACUACGGAGGCAUCAUGUCGGUUCUGGGCUCGGACUCCUGGUGGAAGAAGACCCUGUACAUCACAGGGGGAGCCCUGCUGGCCGCCGCAGCUUACCUCCUGCACGAGCUGCUGGCUAUCAGGAAGGAGCAGGAACUGGACUCUAAAGACGCCAUCAUCCUCCAUCAGUUCUCCAGACCAAAGAACGGCGUUCCCAGCCUGUCGCCCUUCUGCCUGAAAAUAGAGACAUACCUGCGCAUGGUGGAUCUGCCUUAUCAGAACUACUUUGACGGGAGGCUGUCGCCGCAGGGGAAGAUGCCGUGGAUCGAGUACAACCACCAGCAGGUGUCGGGCUCCGAGUUCAUCGUGGAUUUUCUGGAGGAGAAGCUGGGCGUCAACCUGAAUAAGAACCUCACCCCCCAGGAGAGAGCUGUGUCCAGAGCCGUCACGAAAAUGGUGGAGGAGCAUUUGUACUGGACGAUAGCGUACUGCCAGUGGGUGGACAACCUGGAGGAGACCCAGAAGCUGCUGGCGAUGAGCGGGCCUCUGAGCGACACCCUGAAGUGGCUGCUGAGCCACCUGAACUGCAGCAUGGUGCGCAGAGAGAUGUACGGCCACGGCAUCGGACGCUUCUCCAAGGAGGAGGUGUACAGUCUGAUGGAGAAGGACCUGAGGACGCUGGCCACCCUGCUGGGGGACAAAAAAUAUUUUAUGGGCUCCAAGAUUUCCACAUUGGAUGCCACCGUGUUUGGACAUCUGGCUCAGGCCAUGUGGACCCUGCCUGGGACCCGACCGGAGCAACUCAUCAAAGGAGAGCUGAUCAACCUGGCCAUGUUCUGUGAGCGCAUGCGGAGAAGGUUCUGGCCCGAGUGGUUCGUGGAGGUGGAGGACAUGUACUACGACGGAGAGAGCGAGAGCAGCAGCAGCAGCAGUCCCGCCGGUCUGCUGGACUUGGGCCUCUUCUCCAGGACUGACACGCUGGAGGACAGCGACGGCAGCAGUCACUCAGGGGGACACUCGCACACGCCCACCCCCGACUCCGACCACUCCCUCUUUGACUCAGACGUGGGCACGGGGUCGGACAAUGACAUUCAGCUAAAAGAGGAGUCGAUGCCAGACCUGGAGGUUUGACAGAAUAACGGGAGGGUCAACUGGAAACUCUUCUGCAGCAUCUUCACCCAGCACUUUGUAAGCAGGGGGUAGAAACAGAAGCUCAUCCUGCUGCACAUGCUGCGGCGUGGCCCGUUCCCCUCCUGUGCUGUCAGAACUGCCCCGCCGCAGUUCCUCUUUGCCUUAUUUGUCUCGUCCUCAGAUCAGAAGUAGCUGUGGAAGGUGAACGCAAAGUAAAUGUCUGAUCUUGUGAAGAAACACAUCCAAGAAGAAAGAGUGUUGCCGGGGAAAACAGGUGGCACUUCGCUCGUGAUGAAAUGAUGCAACUAAUCGCCACUCUGCCGGUGUCACUGCAGCGCAAACACCCGCUCAAACAGGUGGAGAUCCGUCACGUGGCAUAAAAGGAACAGCUGCCGUGUCUCUGCUGUUUACCAUCCGUGCGCUGAAUAGUAAACACAGACAGUGCCAGAUCGUGUCCCACAUGGAUCCUCGUGUCAUUUCUUAAUGCUGCUUUUGUGGGAGGACAUUGUUUCCUAAAAGGGAUAUGUCUCCAUCAGACUACAACCAAACUUCUCACCGUCCACUAGAUGAGGGAAAAUGAGCAGAUUUGUGCCUGUUUCGUUACUUUUGUCUCUUUCCUGCAAUUGUGUGAAGAGAUUUUCUUUUACCAGCACCUUCUUCUGUUGUUGAGGUGUAGUUCUUCAUUUCACCACAAGGUGGAGUUAGCAGUCAUCCUGUUGUUUCUGCCAAAAAUCCCCAAGAAGAUCUGCAGUUUAAUAGUCAUGUGACCUGUCAUGUAGGUGUCAUGUGGGCGUGCAUGCAUACUUGUGUACCCAAAUUGAGCGCAGCAUUAAAACAGCCUUAGUGCUCAGAGUUUUAUUUUUCUUUAGAAGUGGUGAAACUACCCUGCAGUGAUUUUUGUUGUGAUAUCAUUUAUUAGUGCCAUGUUAUUAUUGAUCUGAAUAUCUGUGUCAAUUUAUUUAUUUUUUUUGGUAAUAUUUGUUUUCUAAUUGCUCUCAAAGAGAGAUGUUUUGCACUAGUGGAAAUUUAUUUUCACCUUUUGUUCAGGGGGGAGGAGCCUGUUGUGGAGGCCGAAUGAGAGACGGAUGUACAGCAGGACAUGAAGUGUGUUCUUAAAUAUGAAUCCUGUGAAAGAAACUUACAUGCUUAGUUGAAUGUUAUGGAUCUGAAGGCUCGUCAGCCGAUACAAAAGUCUUUGCAGACUGAGUCAGGGAUGUGUGUAAAUGAACAUUGUUGUCACAUUUAGCUCAGAAUGGAGAUGUGACAAAUACAGUACAUGCAAAGUAAAUGGAAUUUACUGACUUUUCAGGGGCAGGUCAUGCUUAUUUUCCAAUAUCUAAUCACUAGCAACAUUUUGGAGCGCUAACAAGCAGAGUGUUGAUGGAACAGAUGAUUGUGUUGAAAUGAUGAGUGUCAUCAUGCAAACGGAGCAAAAGUGUUGGAUGAACUCUGAGCUUGAGUUUCAUUUCUCAUACACGAUACAUAUUUAUCGUUUCAUGCAUCCUUAGAGAUUCUGAUUUUAUUUGGCAUAUUUAAAUUAGCAAAUAAAAGGAAGAUCUUUAAAAUGACUAACAGACUUUUUUUUCUUGAUACCAAGUUUUCCAUCAUUUUUUAUGAGAAGAGUGUUAAAGUUACUCCAAUUUAAUGAACAUUCAUAAUGGUUGGGCAGUAUUUUAGCUUCAUUUUUUAAAGUUUAUUAGCUGAUAAAUUCUGUCUGAUCACAAACUGAUGAAUACAGACCAACUUAGUGAUGAGUUGAGGAACUCCAAAACCACAAAAAAAACUUCCAGGAGAACGUAGACUCAUAACUGGGUUUAAACAGAGCAGCACUGAUGGUUUCCCUAUGCUGCUUGGGUAACUGCAGUUUUAUCCAUAAGAGAAUUAUAGACAAAGAAAACCAAAAAAGUCAAAUCCCUUGUAAUGUACUCAGAUGACCAAAACAGAAGCCUCUGCUGAGACGCUGAAUGACGAGUCUGGUUUGAAUCCCAUGUCCCAGAGCCGGAGUGACAUGCUCGUCAGUCAUCAUAUCUCGAAGAAUCACAGCUUUAGAAAAAAGCCAUAAUAUAAGGAGAUGCUACUGGAACUCUGCUUUGGUGUGAUGUAAAUACAGACUGACCUGCAGGUGAAAAAGUGGAGUGACUUGAAAGUUUCAAUAAAGAACAUCAUUGACAGUUUUGAA